AGCCAUGGAAGAUAGCAUUGAAUGGCAGAAACCUUCAGAAGCCUUACCAAGCUCGUAUAAGAGAGAAACUCUAGUAGAGGGUAAAGAACAGCUUGAAGCCUUAAAAUCCCUAGCACAAAAUAUUUCUCACAGUUUAAAUUUGUAUGCUGAAGGAACAGACCUUGUCCCUACUGAAAUUAUACCUAGUAUCUACGCUGAUUUGGAGCUAUUGAAUAAUGGAACAAAGCGCUUUCUAAAUUUGAAGCUAUAUAAAGAGUUUUUAAUAUAUUCUGAGGCGCAAGGUGAAGACUCCAAACAGUCAUUUUCUACCUGGGAAAACAUGGCUUCCAAUAUUUUACUUAUAUUACAGACCUUGUUGGCAGGAAUUUUGAAAAGGACAACGGAUGCUGCAUUGCGGAUAAAACUUGCAAGGACUGUUACGAAAUUAUUAGAAAAACCAAAAAUUCUGGGUGAUGAUUGUAGCUUUUCACCUCCUUGGAAGGAGACAUUGGAGUUGUUGGAGGAAUUUCACGUACGGAGUUUUGAUGGCGCACUUUUUAUCGGAAAAGAAGUUCGAGAACAACAUCUGCGAGCCCUCGUAACUUUAUUGCUUUGUUUUCGAUAUUAUUUGAAUUCGACUUGCGAGGAAGUUAUUUUUAGCCUUCCUAUGUUCAACAGUAUACCAUCCGCCAAACCGAAUAGUACAAGUACUCUAUUUUUUGAGAAGUUAGAUUGGGAGAAUCCUGUCAAAGCGAUAGAGCAGUUAGCCAGCGCAAGUUUGAUUGUACCAUGUCAUAGUCCUUUUAUUCUUUCAUGGAUUCCUGAAGCUGUAUCCUUAUGGAUGAAGAUAAACACUUGUCAUGAUUGGGAUCGACUCUGGCUUCGACUAUUUGGACAUAUUGCUAAGCAGCAACCUCAUGCAAUAGACUGGACACCGUAUAUGCAUAUUAUUUAUGAUCGAAUAUUUAGCUGUUUUCAGAUAUCUACUCGUGAAGGUGCUCGAAGAACACAAUCCAUUAUAAAAACUCCUCCCAAUGUAUCAUGUCUUAUUCGAGGUGAUGCUGUGUCUUCAGCUGCAGAGUUUAUUGUAUAUUCUCUUACACCAAUGAAUCCCUCCGGUCUAGAUUUAUUUCUCCGACUAGUUCAAAUUAUUGAACCAUUUUAUCAUCCCAAUCAUCUAGAACACAACCAACAUUUUGUGUCAUCUUUUCUCUCUUCUUGUACUCGUAAUUUACUCAAUCGAUUGAGUUCGGAACGAAAGGCGACACAAGAAAAUGUGGUAGAACGUAUCCAGGGCUCACGAACGAUAACUGCAGUAGCAGCCAAAGAACAUCGACUCACAGAGCAGUGGAUUGAAGAUAUCGUUAGCAAGCUUUACGGUUUGACAGAACGUUCUUUAUAUUCCAAGUCAUCCAAGUCUACUCAAGAGGCAGCGAAUAGUAUUGGAAACCUGUGUGCUAUUUUACCUGAAAUGGUUAUUCCCAAAUUAGUUUUGACGUCACAAGAUGACUUUAUUUCGUUAACUAUGCCGCAUAGAACAAAGGCCUCUUUAAAAGCUUUGGAUGUAAUAUGUCCUAUCUUGAGUGAUUCACAACUGUAUCCACAAGGCGUUGAAUAUAUUUUGCAGUUGUUGCCUCAUUUGCUUCCAUGUGUUGAUGUCAAUGAUUCUAUGAAGACUAAACUAGCCAUUGAUAUCGUUACUGCACUUUCUCAUCGUUUUGGAGAAAUAUUUUGUGAUCAAACACAUGUACUGGAAGAGUUUGUGUUACAAUGGAUAGAAAGAAUCAUUCAUUUUUUAGAAAAUGUAGAGAUGCCUGCCAAAUUCGGACAUUCCAAAAUUUCACCUUUAAGUUUUGAUACAUUUGGAAACUUUUGCGAAGUUUUCUUUCAAAACUGUCCCGAAAGUGUAAUGUUUGGUCUUUGUGAGAAAGUCUCCAAGAUCGUAUCAGCCUCUGCGUCAACAGAGGCAUUAAAACAUUAUGGCAUAAUGCUAUUUUGGAUUGCAAAGAGUUAUCCCAGCUGUAUGGACUCCUUUUUUAUCAAGCCUUUGUUGCUACAGAUUCAAGACUUCUCUCAAACUCAUCUACAGCUAAAGGAUUCUUCUCAUGAAGAAUUAUAUGGACGUCUACGACUUCUUGCAAACGCUGUACGUGGCUUUGCAGACUCUCAGUAUUCCGCAAAUAUUCUUCAAGUUGCUUUAGCCGCAACGAAAGAAACUGAAAGAAGAUUGUACAAAGCAGGAAGUCGUCUACUUCGAAGUCUUUUAGAAGGACUAUGUUCUACUACUUUAGGACCCCAUUUGCAUUCAUCUUCCAAUCAACAUUGGAAUAUACCCAACUCUUCGCAUUGGAAUAUGGCAGUGAAAUUUGUUGAACAAAUGUUGGAAUAUUUAGACUGUUCUUUAUUUGACAAAGAUCCUGAAGAACUUUUGAGAGACGAAAUGUGCAAGGAGAGAAUUUUUAGUGCGGCAAGAACGCUUCAUGCUCUUCAAAGGGGAGGACGUUGGUUAUUAGCUGGUGCAUUCGAGAAAAGUAUUUGUCAAGAGAAUGAAGUCAGCUUUUCUCUUUGGAAAGGUCCGGUAUAUGCUGGAAUGUUUGGUGAAGUGAACAGAAAUCUUGCAACUGAGUUGUGGAAGAAAGUCUUUCAGCGUAUUCUUCGUUUAUUGGAAAUUUGUUGCAAAUAUUUUCCAGAUAAUGCUGUUGUUCUUUAUCGAGUUUUAAGUCCUAUCGAAAUGGGUAAUGAAGCUUUUCGUUUUGAUAGUAGACUGCGUAGGGUUGUAAACCAAGCUAAAAGCUAUAAACAAUCCAUGCAGGCUUCCAUCAUUGCAAAAUAUGGACCCAACCAAGUUGGAAAGAAUAUGCCUUCGAUUUAUCAUAGAUGGAGAAUGGAAUCUCUUCAUCGAAAGAGACAAGGCUAUUGUGCUAAGGGAGGCUAUAUGGAACCGCAACUUACCAAUGCCUUAUUACAAUAUUUGGAGGAAUUUUGUUUCUCAGAAUUCAACAAAGUUCGUUCCCGUGCAAGGAAUGCCCUUACAUGUGCCUUGCGUUUAACGCCAUUUCAUCAGCGUUGGACUUACGCAGAGAAUAUGUUUGAAUCUGUUCAAACUUGCAUAGCAUCUUGUGAAGAAGAGAAAAUUAUUGCUUGCUUGGAGUUGCUACAACAUCCAUUCCUUAUUCGAUUCUUUACCAAAUAUUACUAUUGGAUGAAAAAACUUGUGUUUGUUAUAUUGCAAAGUUCAAAAGUUUCUGAACGUCAUGAUGUUGUUAUUUCCCUUUCUUCAUUGUUCGGUAAACUUUUGAGCCAAAUACAUCCACUUGUUCUUUCAUCGUCAAAACAAGAAAAGGAGACGCACAAUAUCGAAUCCAAAUAUGCUAAUGCCAAGGAAGAAUUGCAGUCCAUUUUGGAUAUGCUUUAUUCUGUAGUCUUUCAAUCCGAGUCUCUCAUAUGGAAUGGCAAUUGGAAGGUUCAAGCUUUUGUGUUUUCACUUCUUUAUGUGUUUUAUCGUCCUGAAUGUUUCAUUUCUGACGAGUAUCUAUCUCAAUUGAUGAAAUAUCUUUGUUCGGAAGUAAUGAUUGUACGUGCAGUCGUUCAAAGAAUGGUUCAUUUGAUUCUGCAACUAUCCAACAUUCAACAGAAUGAGAAAUGGAAACAAAUGAUUGUUCAUAUGCUUUCAGAUAAUUCCUUUGAGUUGUCUUUAUUGAGAACCAUGUGUCAGGACCUAUCCGUGCAUGACCCAAACGAACAAGCUGCUGGUUCUCCACUUCAUAGGAAUAUGCUUAGUGCUACGACAAUGUCACUAGCUUCCAGUUUCUUUUCCGAAUCUUUAGAUGCAUGGACUUGUUGGAUAGUAGAUGGAGGAGAACCUUGGCCACUUGGCUAUUUUGGACGCCCUGUUAACGAUUUGGUAUCUUUGAGACAUGUGAGACUUCUGUCUCGAUUAUUAUCGUUUGUAGACACUCAAACGUUGUAUCAAAUUCAUCAUGUUGCAUUGUCUUUGCUGGAUGCUGAACAAUUGAGAGAUCAAAUUGUGACUCCCAAAAUCAAACAUUUGAUAUUUGGUGAAUUCUCAGUAGCAGCUAUCGUAAACUUGAAAGACGAUAGAGAAUCAUUGCAAUAUGCAUUGGACUGGAUGAAACAGUUGUUAGCGUGUUUUGUAGAUGCCGAUUCUUUGAGCACAAUAGAAACGCUUUUUCGUCUUCUUUAUCAACUUGACCCAAAAUGUUCCUUUUAUCAACCUUUUUGGGAAUACUUGAUGUACACAGUAUCUAAUAGUGAUGUUUGGAAUCAGUCAUCAUUGAAUGAUGCACGUCAUAUGCGAACACUUUUUGCUUUAGUUGCAGAUCAAUUCCCAUUUAAUCUUCAACUGAUUGAACAGAAUCGAGGCUCUUUCCUCUCAGCGAUAGAUUGGCUGACAGACUCCAAUUAUUUGUCGCACGAUUAUGAACAAGUCCGAGACGAAGUUGUUCGUUUGCUUUGUUGCUUCAUGCUUGAUGAUAACAGAGAAACAUUGAGUUCACUUACCACUAGUACAAAAGUAAUCCGUCGCUUGAGCUCCAUUUUACGAGAGUUGAGGAACCAAGGAGAUAUAGACGACCGAGGAAAGAAACAACUGUCCAACACUCGUCAUACUUUGAGUUUGUUGGUUUACAAAUGUUCCUAUUUAAGAGGACCUUUACAUCCCUUGUUUGAUAGUCGUUUGGUACAAAUUUGGUUACCUUUAUUGCUAAUUGCAAAGGAAGACUCCGAUGUCGAUGUGGCAGCACAAACAACCAACGCGCUAUCUUGUUGUGCUCGUUGUCUGAUUCCCUCUUCGAACAUGGAAUCAAUAUUGAUGGAGAUAUGUAAAGAGAAUUUGCACGCAACGUCUUUCAAAGUUCGGGGAGGAACCGUUUCCUUUUUCCAGAUGUGGAUAUUUUUCCACUUUUUCUGUUUAUCGAAUAAUGUUAUUGCUUUGCAAGAAUGUUUGUUGGAAUAUUUAUUCGAUGAGUCGGUAGAAGUGAGAGAAGCAGCAUCUCGUUCAUUUAUUUCAUUGGCUUGUCUCAAUUCGAUGGAAGUUUUGGAAACUUGGAGUCGUCGGAUGAUGCAUAUUUUAGAGACUAACGAUAAGAACAGUGGUACGAACCGAGAAGAUGACUCUCGGAUUCGUUUACGUCACGGUGCAGCAUUGGGUGCUAGUGCUUUGAUUCUCUCGCAGCCGUUUGCUAUUUUACCAUGGAUGCCAUCCUUAUUGGUACAAGUGGCCUAUUGUAUUCAUGACGUACCACCUAUUUCCACAUGUGUGCGUACCCUGUUCUCAGAGUUUUGGAGAAGCCAUCAUGAUGAGUGGUCCAAGCAAAAGCAAAUGUUUGAACCGGAGCAAUUGGAAGCGUUCAACGAAUUGCUCAUAGCACCUUCAUAUUAUGCUUGACAUGCUGUUGUUUCGUUGCAUCCCAUAAAACAAAAUCACCCAGC